CCCAGGCCAGCCCUAUUCCCGCGGCCGCGCCGAGCGUGGGCGGGGUCCUUAGUUCGUUUAGUGUCUCACGCCCGGCAGCGGGCGAAGAGAGCGGCGGCACAAGCGACCAGGUUCGGAACCGACACUCCUAAGAAGCAUUCAGAGUGAGGCCCUACAGAGAAAGCUCAUGGAUCCUGGAACACCCAGAGCCAACCCUUGGAGGACUAGCAGACCCCAUGUGGAUCUGUAGGGCUCUGCUGCAGCCUCACCACCAUGGCACGUGGCUUCACAGUGGGCUUUGACCCUCUGGGUCUAGGAGAACUCAGCUCUGGCUCCCUGAGCUCCCUCUCCUCCCGAGGCCACCUGGGCAGCGACUCAGGCGCCACAGCAACACGAUACCUGCUGAGGAAGCAGCAGCGCCUGCUGAAUGGGCCCCCCCGCGGAAUCCGAGCCUCGUCACCCAUGGGCCGAGUCAUUCUCAUCAACUCCCCCAUCGAAGCCAACAGCGAUGAAAGCGACAUCAUCCACGCGGUUCGGGUGGAGAAGAGCCCCUCUGGGAGACUGGGUUUCAGCGUGAGGGGUGGCUCUGAGCAUGGCCUGGGCAUCUUUGUCAGCAAGGUGGAGGAGGGGAGCAGCGCAGAGCGGGCUGGCCUGUGUGUGGGGGACAAGAUCACGGAGGUGAACGGGCUGAGUCUGGAGAGCACCACGAUGGGCAGCGCUGUGAGGCUGUUGACCAGUAGCAGCUGCCUGCACAUGAUGGUGCGGCGCAUGGGCCGCGUGCCUGGCAUCAAGUUCUCCAAGGAGAAGACCACAUGGGUGGACGUGGUGAACCGGAGGCUGGUGGUGGAGAAGUGCGGCUCAACGCCGUCGGACAGCAGCUCGGAGGACGGCGCGCGGCGCAUCGUCCAUCUCUACACAACCUCCGAUGACUUCUGCCUGGGCUUCAACAUCCGCGGGGGCAAGGAGUUUGGCCUGGGCAUCUAUGUGUCCAAAGUGGACCAUGGUGGGCUGGCUGAGGAGAACGGCAUCAAGGUGGGGGACCAGGUCCUGGCGGCCAAUGGGGUCAGGUUCGAUGACAUCAGCCAUAGCCAGGCCGUGGAGGUGCUGAAGGGGCAGACGCACAUAAUGUUGACCAUCAAGGAGACUGGCCGGUACCCUGCCUACAAGGAGAUGGUUUCUGAGUACUGCUGGCUGGAUAGGUUGAGUAAUGGGGUGCUUCAGCAGCUGUCCCUGGCCUCCGAGAGUGGUUCCAGUGUCUCCUCCUAUGCCUCCAGUGCCCCCUGCAGCUCAGGCUCACUGCCCUCUGACCGAAUGGAUGUCUGCCUGGGACCUGAGGAGCCCACUGGCCAUGGCCCAAGCUGGGAGCGAGCAGACACAGCCAUGCAGACUGAGCCUGAUAUGAGCAGCCGUGUGGAAACUUGGUGCAGUGUCCGGCCAACUGUCAUCCUCAGGGACACAGCCAUCCGCUCUGACGCCCCCUCUUCUACCCGACGCCUUGAUUCUGCACUUUCGGAGUCCCCCAAGACUGCUCUGCUGCUGGCCCUCAGCCGACCCAGGCCUCCCAUCACACGAUCCCAGAGCCACUUGACACUGUGGGAGGAGAAGAAGCAGAGGAAGAAGGAAAAGCCAGGAUCUCCUGGGGAAAAGGGGGCCUUGCAGCGCUCCAAGACGCUGAUGAACCUCUUCUUCAAGGGAGGGCGGCAGGGGAGGCCAGCAGGGGAUGGUCACAGAGAGGCCUGGACACUGGACAGCAGAAGCCCCACCAAAGUCCGCCCUCGCCUGGACCUGGAGAAAGCAGGGAGCGUGGGGCCUGUGCAGAAGUUUGUCACCUGGAGACUGAGACGUGACCGGGAGAGGGGCCGGGCCCUGCUCUCUGCCAGGUCUGGAAGCCCCUCUGGCCAGGCGCCCAGUGUAGAUGAGCAGGUGCAGGCCUGGGAAAGCCGACGGCCCCUCAUUCAGGACUUGGCGCGGCGGCUGCUGACCGACGAUGAGGUCCUAGCAGUAACUCGUCACUGCUCCCGAUACGUCCACGAGGGUGGAGUGGAGGACCUGGUGCGCCCCCUGCUGGCCAUUCUGGACAGGCCCGAGAAGCUGCUGCUGCUGAGGGACAUCAGGAGUGUGGUGGCCCCCACAGACCUCGGCCGCUUCGACAGCAUGGUGAUGCCUGCGGAGCUGGAGGCUUACGAGGCUCUCAAGAGCAGGGCAGUGCGACCUUCUGCUUUGAGACCUACCAGGCAAGACACGCCACCCAAGCGUCACCUCAUCACUCCUGUGCCUGACAGUCGUGGAGGCUUCUACUUGCUGCCAGUGGACGGCUCGGAGGAUGACGAUGGAGAGAUGAGGGAGAGGCUUGGGGGCCUUAAGGUCUCCCUCAGUGCCUCUGCCCCUCGACACCACCACAAAGGAAUACCUCCUCUCCAAGAUGUGCCAGUUGAUGCCUUCUCUCCUCGCCGGGCAUGCGCACCUCCUCCGCAACCGCCUCCUGUGGCGCCCCGGCCUCCCAGGCCUAACUGGCUACUGACAGAACCCCCAAGCCGAGAGGACCCUCAGCAGAACCAGAACCAGACCCCAGCCCAAAGCCGCAGCCGCAGUCAAGGUCGAGGCAAGGCCCCUGGGCGCAGGCGCUCCCCUUCCCCGGCACACAUCACUGCCGCCACCACAGCCAACGGGCGUUACCACAGGCCUCGGAAGGCAAGGCCCUGGCUUCCACGACCUCUGGAUGGGCAGGUGGCCAAGGUGGAAGCCAGGCAAGGGCCCCUGGAGAAUGGAAUUGGUGGGACAGCGGAGGAAGCAACCAGGAACGCUUCCGCUGGGGAGCUGAGGACAGUGACGCUAUCCAAGAUGAAGCAGUCUUUGGGCAUCAGCAUUUCUGGGGGCAUCGAGUCUAAGGUGCAGCCCAUGGUGAAGAUAGAGAAGAUCUUUCCAGGAGGUGCAGCCUUCCUCUGUGGGGCCCUGCAGGCUGGCUUUGAGCUGGUGGCAGUGGAUGGAGAAAGCCUGGAGCAGGUGACCCACCAGCGAGCUGUGGACACCAUCCGCAGAGCCUAUCGAAACAAGGCUCGGGAACCCAUGGAACUGGUGGUCAGGGUCCCCGACCUGCUGCCCUUAUCUUCUGACCUAUCAGUGGUUAAGGACCAGAGCCUUCCUGCUGACAGUUUCUCUGCCCAUGGACCCACUGAUGAUACCCCGAUUCCCACCCAGCUACCUCCCACUGAGGCUGGGCAACUACAGCACGCCCCCAACUCAGCCCUUCAGGCUCCUCAAAGUACCCCUAAAGGCUCCCCUAUUCCCAAGGAUCUGCAUGAGCCUUUCCACUGACCUCAAGUCCCAACGCAUAGGCACCUGUCCUAUCUGCCUGGAAGCCGAGAUGCCACACUGGUGCUCUGAUCCACUCAAAAAGGCUC